GGGGCGCAGAGGAUGUACAAGCAGUCGAUGGCCCAGCGCGCCCGCACCAUGGCUCUCUACAACCCCAUCCCCGUCCGGCAGAACUGCCUCACCGUCAACCGCUCCCUCUUCCUCUUCAGCGAGGACAACGUGGUGAGGAAAUACGCCAAAAAGAUCACCGAAUGGCCUCCUUUUGAAUACAUGAUUUUAGCCACCAUCAUCGCGAACUGCAUCGUCCUGGCGCUGGAGCAGCACCUGCCCGACGAGGACAAGACCCCCAUGUCGGAGCGGCUGGGGAGGGUGGGGCUGCCGGGGGGCAUCCUGGCCACGGUGGGCUCCCAGUUCGACCUGCGGACGCUGCGGGCCGUGCGCGUGCUCCGGCCCCUCAAGCUGGUCUCGGGGAUCCCAACCUGGUUCUGCCCCGGCAGGUACUGGGCUUCCCUGCGGAACCUGGUGGUCUCCCUCCUGAACUCCAUGAAGUCCAUCAUCAGCCUCCUCUUCCUCCUCUUCCUCUUUAUCGUCGUCUUUGCCCUUUUGGGGAUGCAGCUCUUCGGGGGACACCCAUCGCCCGUGGCCUCGGGGCUGGGCUGGACACGGCGUGGGGCUUUGCAGGACGAGCAGGAGGAGGAAGAAGCCGCCAACCAGAAGCUGGCUCUGCAGAAGGCGAAGGAGGUGGCUGAAGUGAGCCCGCUCUCGGCAGCCAACAUGUCCGUCACCAUCUCCAUCCCUGGUUCCAUCCCUGACUUGACGGGACGCCCAGACACCCUCCUCAACGUCUUCUUGGCCAUCGCGGUGGACAACCUGGCCAACGCGCAGGAGCUCACCAAGGACGAGCAGGAGGAGGAAGAAGCCGCCAACCAGAAGCUGGCUCUGCAGAAGGCGAAGGAGGUGGCUGAAAUCCUGACGGGCGAAGACUGGAACGCGGUGAUGUACGACGGGAUCAAAUCUCAGGGCGGCGUCAAGGGGGGGAUGGUUUUCUCCGUCUACUUCAUCGUCCUCACCCUCUUCGGCAACUACACCCUCCUCAACGUCUUCUUGGCCAUCGCGGUGGACAACCUGGCCAACGCGCAGGAGCUCACCAAGGACGAGCAGGAGGAGGAAGAAGCCGCCAACCAGAAGCUGGCUCUGCAGAAGGCGAAGGAGGUGGCUGAAGUGAGCCCGCUCUCGGCAGCCAACAUGUCCGUCACCAUGAAGGAGCAGCAGAAGAACCAGAAAUCCUCCAAGUCGGUGUGGGAGCAGCGGACGAGCGAGCUGCGGAAGCAGAACCUGCUGGCCAGCCGGGAGGCCCUCUACAGCGAGCUGGACCCCGAGGAGCGCUGGAAGGUGCCCUACGCCCGCCACCUGCGCCCCGACAUGAAGACCCACCUGGACCGGCCGCUGGUGGUGGACCCCCAGGAGAACCGCAACAACAACACCAACAAGACGCGGCCGGGGGAGCCCCCGCUGGACCCCCGCUUCGCCCACCCCCGUCCCGAGGAGCUGCGCCGCCAGCCCCGGUACCCCGACCCCGGCGGACCCCGUCCCGGGGACCCCGAGGGCCGCCGUCCCCGCAGCGUCAGCCGCGACCCCGAGCGGGACCCCAGCCAGGAACGGGGCUACGGCGACGCCGAGCGCCUCAAAACCGCCGAGCGCCGGCACCGCAGCCGGGAGGGUCGCGCCGGGUCCCCCCAACACGAGCACCGGCGGCACCGGGGGAAGGAGCAGCAGAAGAACCAGAAAUCCUCCAAGUCGGUGUGGGAGCAGCGGACGAGCGAGCUGCGGAAGCAGAACCUGCUGGCCAGCCGGGAGGCCCUCUACAGCGAGCUGGACCCCGAGGAGCGCUGGAAGGUGCCCUACGCCCGCCACCUGCGCCCCGACAUGAAGACCCACCUGGACCGGCCGCUGGUGGAGCAGGAGGAGGAAGAAGCCGCCAACCAGAAGCUGGCUCUGCAGAAGGCGAAGGAGGUGGCUGAAGUGAGCCCGCUCUCGGCAGCCAACAUGUCCGUCACCAUGAAGGAGCAGCAGAAGAACCAGAAAUCCUCCAAGUCGGUGUGGGAGCAGCGGACGAGCGAGCUGCGGAAGCAGAACCUGCUGGCCAGCCGGGAGGCCCUCUACAGCGAGCUGGACCCCGAGGAGCGCUGGAAGGUGCCCUACGCCCGCCACCUGCGCCCCGACAUGAAGACCCACCUGGACCGGCCGCUGGUGGUGGACCCCCAGGAGAACCGCAACAACAACACCAACAAGACGCGGCCGGGGGAGCCCCCGCUGGACCCCCGCUUCGCCCACCCCCGUCCCGAGGAGCUGCGCCGCCAGCCCCGGUACCCCGACCCCGGCGGACCCCGUCCCGGGGACCCCGAGGGCCGCCGUCCCCGCAGCGUCAGCCGCGACCCCGAGCGGGACCCCAGCCAGGAACGGGGCUACGGCGACGCCGAGCGCCUCAAAACCGCCGAGCGCCGGCACCGCAGCCGGGAGGGUCGCGUCUUCGGCAACAUCGGCAUCGAGGAGGAGGAUGAUGAGUCGGCCAUCACCCAGCACAACAACUUCCGCACCUUCUUCCAGGCCCUCAUGCUCCUCUUCCGGAGUGCCACCGGGGAGGCCUGGCACGAGAUCAUGCUGUCCUGCCUGAGCGGGAAGCCCUGCGACCAGAACUCGGGCAUCAAGGAGGACGAGUGCGGCAACGAGUUCGCCUACUUCUACUUCGUCUCCUUCAUCUUCCUCUGCUCCUUCCUGAUGCUGAACCUCUUCGUGGCCGUCAUCAUGGACAACUUCGAGUACCUGACGCGCGACUCCUCCAUCCUGGGCCCCCACCACCUGGACGAGUACGUCCGCGUCUGGGCCGAGUACGACCCCGCAAACCGGACGCCGCUGAUGUUCCAGCGCAUGGAGCCCCCGUCCCCAACACAAGAGGGGACCCCGGGGCCGGACGCGGCGCCCACGGCCGAGCCGGGCGCGGGGCUGGCCACGCGCGAGGGGGGCCUGAAGGAGAGUCAGUCCUGGGUCACCCAGCGCGCCCAGGAGAUGUUCCAGAAAACGGGGACCUGGAGCCCCGAGCGGGGACACCCCGAGGACGUCCCCAACAGCCGCCCCAACUCCCAGGUGAGGGGCUGCACCAUCUCGGACGCCAGCCCCAUGAAGCGCUCGGCCUCCAUGUUGGGCCACCCCCGCGGCCGCGGCAUCCGCCUGGACGACUACUCUCUGGAGCGCGUCCCCCCCGAGGACGGGCAGCGGCACCACCAGCGCCGGCGCGACCGCGGCCACCGCACCUCUGAGCGCUCCCUCAGCCGCUACACCGACGUGGACACAGGUGGGACCCCCAUCCUGCCCCCC